GCGUCCCCACGAAGUUUUAACGACCUUUUCAGACACUCUCUGAUUCCCUCCUUAAAAAAACGAACUCCCUCAUUUUUCUCCUUCCACUUUGUAUCUACGUGGCUCUUCUCUCUCACAAAAUUUCAAUUCCUGAUUCAUUCACUUCAUGUUCAGAUAAAAUUCAGUGAAUAGAAUUUGCAAGGAGAAUAUGUCAUUUUCAGAUUCGGAGACGUCGUCCUCUCAUGGCGGAGAAUACAAGAAUUUCAAGCAAAUCAGCCGUGAUCGACUAUUACAUGAAAUGCUUCGAACUUCGGGUUCAGGAGAUUCAAGAUCUUCAUGGAAGGUUCUUAUCAUGGAUAAAGUAACGGUAAAAGUGAUGUCUUCCACAUGCAAAAUGGCCGAUAUCACUGAUCAAGGAGUUUCAUUGGUGGAAGACCUUUUCAGAAGAAGGCAACCUUUGCCAACAAUGGAUGCCAUAUACUUCAUCCAACCGUCAAAGGAGAAUGUUGUCAUGUUCUUGUCGGAUAUGUCAGGAAGAGAACCUUUGUACAGGAAAGCAUAUGUAUACUUCAGCUCCCCAAUACCGAAGGACCUGGUUGCGCGCAUCAAGAAUGACACAAGUGUCAUACCCCGUAUAGGUGCACUAGGAGAGAUGAACUUUGAGUACUUUCCAAUAGACAGCCAGGGAUUUGUCACUGACCAUGACAGAGCACUUGGAGAGUUGUUUGGUGAAAGUGCUCCAAAUUCCCGGCGUGCUGAAGUGUGCUUGAAUGUAAUGGCCACAAGAAUUUCCACUGUUUUUGCUUCACUGAAGGAAUUUCCUAAUGUGCGUUAUCGAGCUGCCAAGGAUGGAUCAACAGCAACAAAUUUCCGUGAAUUAGUUCCUGGAAAGCUUGCUACAGCCAUAUGGAACAAUAUCACUAUGUAUCGGUCUAGUAUUCCUAAUUUUCCAAAGAAGGAGACAUGUGAAUUACUGAUUCUGGACAGAUCUGUUGACCAGAUUGCUCCUGUGAUUCAUGAAUGGACAUAUGAUGCCAUGUGCCAUGACCUGCUUGAUAUGGAUGGAAAUAAAUAUGUACAUGAGAUUCCUAGCAAAUCAGGUGGUCCACCUGAGAAGAAGGAAGUUCUUUUGGAAGAUCAGGAUCCUGUCUGGUUGGAGCUACGGCAUACUCAUAUAGCUGAUGCUAGUGAACGACUCCACGAUAGGUUUACAAACUUUGUUUCUAAGAACAAGGCAGCACAGAUGGAGCAGAGGGAUGGAGGUGAAUUAUCUACACGGGACUUGCAGAAGAUGGUCCAAGCCUUGCCACAGUAUAAUGAACAAAAAGAGAGACUCUCUACCCAUGUCGAGAUUGCAGGAGAGCUUAAUAAAGUUAUCCGAGAAACAGGUCUUCGGGAACUUGGCCAGCUAGAGCAGGAUCUUGUCUUUGGUGAUGCAGGAACAAAGGAAGUUAUCCAUUUUCUAAGGACGAAGCAGGAUACUACUGGUGAAAAUAAGUUACGCUUGAUGAUGAUUUAUGCAUCUGUUUAUCCAGAAAAAUUUGAGGGCGACAAAGCAGCGAAACUGAUGCAGUUAGCAAAACUGUCACCUGAGGAUAUGAAGGCUGUGAAAAAUAUGAGAAUGCUAGAGGGCUCAGAAAAACGGAAGCCAAGUGGAAGCUUCUCCCUGAAGUUUGAUUCACAAAAGAAAGGGAAUGCAGCUAGAAAGGAUCGAACUGGAGAGGAAGAAACAUGGCAGCUAUUCCGGUUUUAUCCCGUCAUAGAGGAGUUGGUUGAGAAAAUGUGUAAAGGUGACUUGUCAAAAGAUGAUUAUCAGUGCUUGAACAAUCCUCAAUCAGCUACUCGUGAGGUCAAUGGAUCUUCUGCAAGGAAUAUCCCACCAAAGGCCACUGAAUCUACUAAUUCUAAUCCACGCUCAGUGAGAUCAAGGAGGACUCCGAAUUGGGCACGUUCUCGCACUUCGGAUGAUGGAUAUUCAAGUGACUCUAGUCUCAGAAGUUUUUCAACUGAUUUUAAGAACAUGGGACAACGGAUUUUUGUUUUCAUUAUUGGUGGUGCAACUCGAUCUGAGCUUAGGGUUUGUCACAAACUUACAUCAAAGUUAAGGAGGGAAGUGGUCCUCGGCACGACUAGUCUAGAUGAUCCACCUCAGUACAUCACGAAACUGAAAUUGCUAUCAGAGAAAGAGCUUUCAGUAGAUCAUGGCCUCGGAAUUUAAUGUGUUAUUUGGGAUUUGUAGACGUUUUUCAUUGACACCCGAAAGUGCAGGAUGCAAUUUAUAUUCAAGAAGCAGAUUGUUUAGUUUCUGGUGCUUCUCUUAUUGUUUUCGCGGGAAGAACUUGAUUCACUGCAAAGGCAUAUAUCAAUUUUAUAGAAGGCUUCAUGAUACUGGAAUUUUGCAGUUGGGUAACUGCCUUUAUACUAAUCUGCAGCUUAGGUAGAAAAUUAUCUUUGAAAGAAGAUGAUAUAGAAACUUCCUUCCAACAUUCAGGAAGCAGUGAAGGAGUUUGAAUACAGCUUAGUUUUUUUUUUU